AUGGAAUCAGCUGUUGUGGGUCCGCAGACCCGUUUGCUGGCAUCCAAUGAAGAUGCAACGUGUGCAGCGGAAGUUCAGCCUGCUGAGAUCUUGGAUAUCACCAUCCGUCGCAGGCCCAACUGUCAAAGUCGCUAUGAGGACUUCCACUACAAGGAGGCCAGCGUUCUGGAGACGGUGGUACGAGAAGCCACCGCCGGUGAUGUGAAGAGCGUCCAUGCCGCCAUAGAGAAUGUGGGUCUCAAAGAGGUCUGGUUGAAAAUCGCUGGUGGUGAGAAGGCUUGCGUCAUUGACAACGUCAUUGCCAAGCAGAAACCCAAGUUGAUUCUGGAGUUCGGCACCUAUGUGGGCUACACGUCCACCCGCAUGGCCCUGCAAGUGGAUGCAUGGAAUGGUCGCGUCGUGACCAUGGAGAUGGAUCCUGUGAACGCAACAAUCGCUCGGAACCAUGUGGAGAUGGCCGGCUUGUCCCAUGCCGUGACCGUCCAACUGGGACAUUCGGAUGAUGCCGUCCAGAUGGUCUUGGAGAAGUUUGGGCCUGGCAGUGUGGAUAUGGUCUUUAUGGAUCAGAGAGGGACGGCAUUCCAUGAUGACCUUCGUAACCUUGAACAGCUGAACCUAAUGGCAGAGAAUGCUGUGGUGAUUGCCGACAAUGUCUUGAAACCUGGAGCGCCGUAUCACGUGUGGCGCAUCUCCACGUUGCCGCACUAUGCCACGGACAUCAUCGACCUCCGAGAAUUUGGCUCGGCGCCAGUGGAGGACUGGAUGACGGUCAGUUGGGUUCACAAAGGUCCCAGCUAUGGCCAGUUGCCUGCGGAAGUCCGACAACUGAAUGAACUGGCGCGGGAAUCGGAUCGCUUCAGGUUGAAGGCCAUGGCCACAUCCAUGAAAGACUUGGUGGGCGAUCCCUUGGAUGAGUUUGCCAAGAAGUUCACCGAAGAGUUCAUAGAGCUGGGCAUCAGGACUUCCAUGUAUGUCCGCACCGACAUCAUCGAUGGCUGCGCUGUGUCGCGUUUGGUGCGCCUGGCACCGGGGGAAAGUCCUCCAGUGUGGGCUGGUGAGGAUCCCCGCGACGAGAUCCAGGGCGGCCAGUGGCGCGGCGUGCUGGGCGGAGUCUUCGCCGGCGAGGCGGCAGGCUAUGGGGGAAUAGCUCCCGGCGGUUGA